AUCAUGUGACCAUUGUUUUUCUUUCGACUGUUAAUGUCACAUCACUCUGGAAAUUAGGCAUCGGGUCGAGCAACCUAUUACACUCCCGUAAGGUGUUAUUCUUUUGUGUUAUGGUUAAUCAAGGAUGGCCGUUUAAUAGAAGGAUUAAGUGAAUCUGGUCUCUCGUGAAACAGCAAAACAAAGGACUGGUUAAUGAAUGGGGAAAGCACGGGUGUACUCUUGAUAUUUCUUCGAAUGGGUUAAACCCUUGUGGACUGAAAGAAUAUGAAUCACAGAUGGGCUUCAAAUACCUGGGUGAAAAUAAGUAGAGCAUUGCUUAUAUGGCAGUCCCAUGCUCACAAACCAGCAGCAUCAUUGCCUUUGUGUGGUGCGUUUCACUGUAAGAGUCAUGCACAGCAGCCCGUUUUCCAUAAGGAAUGCUAUCUCAGCUGGAGGCACAUUCACCACCUGAGGGCCAAGGGUCGCAAGGUGGGGUUCUUUAAAGGUAACCAAGUUAGACAUCGGCUUGGCCUCCACACCAGCACCCUGUAUUUGAACACUUCAGCUUCAAAGUGGUCUGCUGGCCUGAGCCGACAUAUGUCUCGUGUCAGGAACACGCUGGACACAGUUUCCAAAGCUGUGAGUGGGACACAUACAGAGCUGAUGUCAAAGAUCUCCAGACUCAAACCUAAUGCUUUAAAGGCUGAUAAAAAUGCUGAAGCCAGUGUUGAGACAAGGCCCAAACCUGAUGAGAAUACAGUCACAUCCACUUACAAUCCUUCUAAUGCUGCUCUCUCUCUAGCAUCAACUGCUCAGAAAUCUGUUGUUCAGAGAUCUUCUGCCAAUCCGUCCCUUUCCACUUCUACCCAAGAGACUGUCACUGCUAUAGUCCCAACUGUAACGGAACCGAGGGAGAAAAAACUGAGACGUAUUGCUCCUGGCGUCAAAGCUACUCGUUCCAGGAGGCAAGAGGAGCUCCAGCCUUCGCUGAAUGAUUUGGAGAGCAAGAGCACAAUGCCCAAACAAUCCACAGACCUCUUCCAUCCGAGCACCUUUUCAGUGAACCUGGGUGAGACUUACACCUAUGUAGCAAAUCACGUCAACUCAUACUUUGGCAGCAGCAUAAACACUCAGGACAAGAAAGAAGAGCAUCUUGAAAGCUCUUCCACUUACUCUCAGGAUCAACAAACCUCAGACCUCAUGCCGGUGUCUAAUAAGAAAGACCCUGCUCCCCCAAAGAGGGGUUUAGGACAGUACCUGUCUUAUUCAGCUCCAACUGUGCAGGCAUUUGUUGGGAACUACAUAGCACCUCUUGUUCCUAAGUUCAGAACAGGAGAGUCCACGAGCGCUGUACUGGAGGAAAAAAAAUCAGAGGACGUGUCAGUGAAACAGGCUGAGGUUAGUAACGAGCAGAAGGCUGCGGAGGAGAAAGCCAAGAAACUUCUGCACCAAAGGGAAAAGAUUAUUGCAAGAGUGAGUGUGGACAAUCGAACCCGGGCACUGGUUCAGGCUCUCCACAGGGCAUCAGAUGUAAAGGUUUAUAUCAACAGGGUGGAGGACUUAAGUUACCACCUCUUGGAGUUUCCAGAGACUCGUGGCGUUGCAGUGAAGGAGAAAGUUAUCCCUUGCCUCCUCCGUCUGGAACAGGCUAACGAUCCGGGUCUGAGAGCAGCCGUUAGAGAAGCACUCGCUCUGGUGGGCUAUCAUAAACCUGUCAAAGGCAGAGGAAUAAGGAUCUUGUCCAUAGAUGGAGGAGGUUUAAGGGGAAUUGUUGCCCUUCAGACGUUACAGAAGCUAGAAGCCCUGACUGGGAAACCCACUUACAAACUGUUUGAUUAUAUCUGUGGUGUCAGCACAGGUGCUGUGCUCGGGUUCAUGCUAGGCAUGUUCCAGAUCCCCCUGAAAGAGUGUGAUGAUCUGUACCGAAAGCUGGGCUCAGAUAUUUUCAAGCAGAAUGUAUUUGUCGGCACCAUGAAGAUGGGCUGGAACCACGCUUUCUAUGACAGUGAAGCGUGGGAGAACAUCCUCAAAGAGAAAAUGGGCUCUCACCUCAUGGUGGAGACUUCAAGAAACCCUGACUGCCCCAAGAUGGCAGCUGUGAGCACCAUUGUGAAUCGGGGCACUCCUCUGAAGGCAUAUGUUUUUAGGAACUACAACCUGCUGCCUGGGAUGUGCUCACACUACCUUGGGGGCUGCCAGCAUCAGCUUUGGCAGGCCAUCCGCGCCACAUCAGCAGCCCCCGGGUAUUUCCAGGAGUUCCCUUUGGGGAAUGAGCUCCACCAGGAUGGAGGUCUACUGAUUAACAACCCCACAGCACUUGCUAUACAUGAGUGCCAGUGCUUGUGGCCUGACACGCCUCUGGAGUGUGUGGUCUCGCUCGGUACGGGUCGCUUUGAAUCUACUGGCAAAAGCAACGCUGCAUAUACAAGCCUCAAAACAAAACUCACCAACGUCAUCAGCAGUGCUACAGACACUGAAGAGGUUCACGCCAUGCUCGACGCCUUCCUUCCUCCAAACACUUACUUUCGCUUCAACCCCUACAUGAGCGAAGAUUUCUCCUUAGACGAGAACCGCCAAGAGAAGCUCAACGCGCUGCAGGCUGAGGGCUUGCGUUACCUAGAGAGGAAUGAGGACAAGCUGAAGAAGGCAGCUCGUUUCCUGACCCGAGAGAAAAGCUCCACCCAGAAGAUGACUGACUGGGCCAGGCUCAGGGUUGAUAUGUAUAAUGGUCUGCCCUUUUACUCGUCCAAGUUUUAGAUUCCACUCGAGCCACGUUUUUCUGGUCCACACGAACCUGGAAACUUACCGAGGUCCAAGUGUCAUUUUUAUUGCCCUGUAGCUCUGAAGAACAUUAUGUAUGUGCACAAGUAGAUAAUGUAUACAACAUGCCAAAUGCCACCUCCUCACUCUCACUUGACACUGUGAUGUGAUUUUAGUUUAAAUGUGCCAACAUCUGUGGCAAUGAAGAUUUAUCCGAUGUAUAACACUUGACUUAGCAUAGCAUUUAAAGAAGAUCUUUUAAAUGGCUUGUCGAUUUAGAAGCUCCCUGAGUAGAGAUUCUACAGCAGCUGAUGGCAGUAGUUUAACAUUUAAAUGACUUCUUUGCCAAAAUGAAUGCCGAUUUUGUGUUGCAGAUGCUCAGUUAUCUCCAGCCGACAAUUGGCUUAGGUUAAAGACUGAACUAAAGACUGAAAUUUGUCUGGAUUCUUCAAAAAUCCAGAAUCUGCCUGGGAAAAAAAACUACCUGUUCUCAAUUUAAGACUUAAAGCUAACGUUAGCUAACUAGCUGCUGGGACUUGAUAAAUAUUGGUAAAAGUGGUGUCGAUGUUCUAACUUAACAUUCUGAUAACUUUAUCUCCUUUGAUGUUCCUUUCAAACAUAGAACACAAAGACUUUAUUUCGCAGAUAAGCUAGUAAUGGUGGCAUUAACAAUGAUCUUCCCACCAUGUGGAUAUUUACUGAUCAUUUACUUUUGUUUAAAAUACUGAAAACCAGUACAUCCUCACAAACCAGUAUUUAUAUU